AUGGCGUCGGUGGUGCAGCUUGCGGACGAGGUGCUGGUGGGCGUGCUGAGCUGGCUUUCGGCGGACGGCCUGGUGCUCUCGCGUCAGGUGUGCCAGGACUGGCUACGCGUGGCCGACGACGACCUCCUCUGGCGCCCCCUCGUCACCUCCGUGCUGCCCAAGGACGAGGCGUGGGCGGCCCAGCUGGGCGGGCCGGGCGGGUGGCGUGGCCUCUACAUUUUCAAGCAUCGCUUCGACCAGUACUGGGACCACCAGGUGUCUAUGUCGUGGAAGCUGGUCGAGGACCCACUUCGUCUCACGCAGACGGACCAGUGCGCGAUGGCCGUGCUCGACGACUACGUGUACCUGUUUGGCGGGCGCAUGGGCCAGGUGGCCAGCAGCGACCUCUGGGUCUACUCCGCCUCCAAGGGCAAGAAGCUGAGGGGCAUCGUGAUGCAGCGCCCCCGGGCGCAGUACAGCACCGCCGACGAGUGGCCAGCCGGCCGGAUCUACUCCAACGCUGCAGUCACCGAGGACCGGUACCUCUAUGUCUUCGGCGGCAGCGGAGACUGGGGUGCGCUGUUCAACGAACUCUGGGUAUUCGACACCGUCACGCACAGAUGGAAGGAGGUGGAAGCCACCGGCGAUCCGCCUCAGGCCAGGUGGACCCAAUCAGUGACGGCCGUCGGCAAACGGUUGUUCGUAUUCGGCGGCUGGACGCACGACGCCAACUUCAACGACCUCCACAUUUUUGACACGGAAACCAAGCAGUGGAGCAUUGGAGAGAUGAAGGGCGACAUUCCGCCGCCCUUGGGCUGCCACACUGCAUCGCUGGUGGGCAAGUACAUCUUCAUCUACGGCGGCGAUGACGCUCAGCUGCACAUCUACCACGACAUCUAUCGACUCGACACUGAGUCGCUUGUAAUUGAGAAGCUGGCUAUCAAGGGCGAGCUGCAGCCGGAACGGCGGGAGAGCCAUGACGGCGUGGUGGUGGGCAACCACAUCAUCUACUACUCCGGCCAGCGCGGCACCGACAUCGCGAUCUUCAACACCGACGCGCUCACCUGGCACCACCCGCGCAUCAAAGGUGGACCAGUGGGACUGAAUUGGCACAAGUUGUCGUUCGUGGGCAACAAGAUCCAGGUGUGGUUCGGCGCGACGGAGGACCCGUUGCCCUCGAAGCGCAGCGUCGGCAUCAUCUCCCUCACGCCAGAGUUCGGCCAGCAGGGACCGUGGAAGGAGGCGCGGACAAGGAGGGCGAAGGACAAGUGCGUCACUGCAGUAGGCACGU